AUGUGCAACGUCAACGCGCUCGGAGUCUACGUGUGGGAGACGAUCGUUUUCUUCAGCCUGGCAGCCUCCAAAGAAGCUGAAGCAGCAGCCCGAUCUGCCCCCAAACCCAUGUCACCUUCUGAUUUCUUGGAUAAGUUGAUGGGGAGAACUUCAGGAUAUGAUGCCAGGAUCAGGCCAAAUUUUAAAGGCCCACCAGUGAAUGUCAGCUGCAACAUUUUCAUCAACAGCUUUGGUUCGAUUGCAGAAACAACUAUGGACUACAGGGUGAACAUCUUCCUGCGACAGCAGUGGAAUGACCCACGGCUGGCGUACAACGAAUACCCUGAUGACUCCUUGGACCUGGACCCCUCUAUGCUGGACUCCAUCUGGAAGCCUGACUUGUUCUUUGCUAAUGAGAAAGGGGCCCAUUUCCAUGAGAUUACCACAGACAACAAGCUUCUGAGGAUCUCCAGAAAUGGCAACGUCCUCUACAGCAUCAGGAUCACGCUGACUCUGGCCUGCCCCAUGGACCUGAAGAACUUCCCCAUGGACGUACAGACAUGCAUCAUGCAGUUAGAAAGCUUUGGCUACACGAUGAAUGAUCUGAUAUUUGAGUGGCAAGAAAAAGGAGCUGUGCAAGUUGCUGACGGGCUGACGUUGCCUCAGUUUAUCCUCAAAGAAGAAAAAGACUUGAGAUACUGCACAAAGCACUACAACACAGGCAAGUUCACCUGUAUAGAAGCUCGUUUCCACCUGGAGCGGCAGAUGGGCUAUUACUUGAUCCAGAUGUACAUCCCCAGCCUCCUUAUAGUCAUUUUGUCCUGGAUCUCCUUCUGGAUCAAUAUGGAUGCUGCACCUGCUCGGGUUGGCCUGGGGAUCACCACGGUGCUCACUAUGACCACACAGAGCUCUGGUUCCCGAGCAUCGCUGCCCAAGGUGUCCUAUGUGAAGGCCAUAGACAUCUGGAUGGCCGUAUGCUUGCUGUUUGUGUUUUCUGCACUUCUAGAGUAUGCUGCCGUCAACUUCGUGUCUCGGCAGCACAAAGAGCUGCUCAGGUUCAGAAGGAAGAGGAGACACCAUAAGGAGGACGACGCUGGGGAAGGCAGGUUCAACUUCACUGCCUACGGGAUGGGACCAGCUUGCCUACAAGCCAAGGAUGGCAUCUCGGUGAAGGGAGCCAACAACAACAACACGGCCAACCCCGUGCCCCCGCCCUCCCGCUCCCCCGAGGAGAUGCGCAAGCUCUUCAUCCAGAGGGCCAAGAAGAUCGACAAGAUCUCGCGCAUUGGCUUCCCCAUGGCCUUCCUCAUCUUCAACAUUUUCUACUGGAUCAUCUACAAGAUCGUCCGCAGAGAGGACGUACACAACCAGUGA